AUCUUGUUCGCCGACUCUGUUCAGCUGAAAUCCUAUCGCAUGGUCAAGCUCAAGAUUCUGGGUGCCAGGAAUACUUGAUCAAAACUCGCUUGCCCCUUUCCUUCACGACGCCGAACUUUAGCCCCUUUAACCGCGGUCUUCAGUCAUCAUGAUUCGCGACCCGGAGUUCUGGAUUACUGAAAAGAAUAUUCCGUUGAUGUCUCUCAACAGAGACUUCUGCAAUGAACACAAUUCGGAUGCUGUUUCUGGUAGAGUUGUCGAGCUUUCUAAGUCCUUUCGAGUUCCGCUCGAAAUAAAACCCAUCGCCUGGCCCGAUGAACAGACUCUACCCAGUCGUAUCGUCGAAAAAGACGUCGAGAGAACGUUCACGUCAGACCGCUUUCGCUCGAGAAUGAGCCGACUGUUGACACUACUCGAAAAUCAGUUCAAAGACUACCAUCAGGGUCUAUCUUUUCUCGUUAGCUUUUUGAUGCUCUUUGAGGAAGAAGACGAUGUCAUCUUCUCCAUCGCCAAGCGCCUCAACGAGGACGAAGAGUUUAUCCCCGGUUAUUGGAAACACGAAGCCGUCGCAUUCGCUACAGACGCGUACGUGUUGGACUACCUCCUAUCGCGUCACAAUGCGGAUGUGUACGAACAUCUUCGGAGCAAUUCCAUUCUUCCAGCCACUUACCCACAGAAGUGGUUCGUCGCUUUGUGCGUUCACGUGCUUCCGUUCGAUGCACUCUACCUGUUUCUAAAGCAGUUCUUCUCCCGCGGCGUCUACUUUCUGUUCCAGUUCGGUCUGGCAUUCUUCGACGUACUCGGCCCCUCCAUCUUGUCCAGUGCCAACCCCGCGGACAUCUUCGCGUACCUGCGGCUAGACUCGAGCUCCAUAGACAUCGAAGAAUCCAUCCCUAUGAAAAUCGUGCAGCGCGCGGAACACCUCGUCGUCGACGAAAUCAAGUCGCUCUCUGACCUGCGCGACUUGCGACAAAAAAUGUACGACGAACACCUAGGCAAAAAAUACGAACUCUUCAACCAAACCCGCGCGGAGGAAGACGAGGAAGACGAGGAAGAAGAAGACGAAGAAGCAAGACCCGGAGACGAAUGCCAGGUCUGCCAAAAUAUGGUCCCAGACUACUGGUGCAUUCAGUGUGACAAGUUCAUAUGUGGCAUGUGUGUCGACAAACAAGCGGGAGAACACAAAAAAGAUACGCACAAACUAGUCAAAUCGUCAAAUGGACCCAUUUUCCAAACACCAAAGCAACUCAGCGCAGACCUCCAAAACCUGAAAGUAUGAUGAAACUGCGAACCAAAAAAAAAAAGAAAAAAAUGUACCGCUCUGACAUGCUUCUCCCCGUGAAACAAAAAAAAUUGUACCAUUUUAACUCUCCCCAUGAAAA